CUGCUGCCUACUCGCUCUUUCUCGCGUUCCCAGAUUCUUCGAUCGGCGAAGCCUAUCAUCAUCUAAUCUCUGCAGAGCUGCUGUGCGGUAAUGGCUACUCUCGACAAGGAACUUUUGUUAUUGAUUCUUCAAUAUCUCGGUGAAGAGAAAUACAAGGAAACUGUUCACAGAUUGGAAUCGGAGUCUGGCUGUUACUUCAACAUGCUUUACUUUGAGGAACUGGUGACUCAAGGCAAGUGGGACGAAAUGGAGAAGUAUCUCUUUGGGUUCACCAAGAUUGAGGAUAACCAACAGUCCAUGAAAAUCUUCUUUGAAAUCCGAAAGCAUAAGUAUCUCGAAGCGUUAGAUAAGCGUGAUCAUGCUAAAGCUGUGGACAUAUUACGAAAGGAUCUGAGGUUUUAUGCACCUUUUUCUGAAGGUCUCUUCAAGGAAAUGGCCCUGCUUUUGACACUAGAUGACUUUAGAGAAAAUCCGAAACUCUCCAUGUACAAGAAGGACACAGAGUCAGAAAGAGGCGUUCUGUUUCGUGACUUAGAGAAACUGAUAAAAGAUAAUCCACUUUUCCGCGACAAACUCGAGUUUCCUGCUAUCAAGACUUCAAGGUUGCGUACUCUAAUCAACCACAGUUUAAACUGGCAGCACAAACUAUGUAAGAAUGCUAGGCCAAAGCCUGAAUUCGAAACUCUGUUUGUGGACCAUAUAUGCAACCAACCAAUUGCUGCGCGAGCUGCAUCCCCUGCUAUAAGUCAUCCCAAUAUUGCAGCUGAAGUGUUGUCACCUCACGGUCCUGCUCCUGGUGCAACAAUCCCAGCUGCUCCUGGUGCUCCUGUCAGGCGUCGUCGUUCUGCAUCUUCAAGUGCUGCUGCUAUCUUAAUGGGCCCUCAGACUCCUUCCGGUCAUAUGGAAAAUCAAACUGCUGAUUCUAACAAUCCUUUGAAGAGGCCAAGGCCGUGUGAAACCUCACAGGAGGUGGGUAAUAUUUUGCCAGUUUCAUAUUCUGGCCAUCCCCAUGGACAUAAUACAUUAUCACCUGAUGACUUGCCCAAGGUAGUUGCUACAACUCUUCCUCAGGGUUCACCCGUCACCAGCAUGGAGUUCCAUCCAGUUCAGCAAAUUUUACUACUGGUUGGUACAAUUGGUGGUGAUGUUUUCCUGUGGGACGUGGGUGCUCGUAAAAAGAUUUCAGAGAAGUGUUUUGAUGUCUGGAAGCUUGAUGCAUGUUCAAAGGAAUUGCAGGAAUCUUUGAAUACUGACAAGACGGCAUCAGUAAACCAUGUGGCAUGGAGUCCUGAUGGAACUCUAUUUGGCGUGGCAUACUCAAAAAACAUCGUGCAUAUCUAUUCCUUUUGUCGAGACAAUGCCGUAAUAAGUCAUCUGGAGAUUGAAGCUCAUAGAGGAAGUGUCAACCAUAUUGCCUUUUCAUAUCCUAACGAACAACUAUAUGUUGUUACUUGUGGCGAUGACAGGCUCAUUAAGGUUUGGGAUGCUGCUACUGGGGCUACACGGUUUACUUUUGAGGGUGAUGAAGCUCCUGUGUUCUCUGUUUGCCCUCACCAAAAGGAAAAUAUUCAGUUUGUAUUCUCAGCAGCAACUGAUGGAAAAGUAAGAACUUGGUUGUAUGAUGAGUUGGGUGCGAGAGGUACCUAUGACGCACCUGGCCAUUCUUUGAUAAGAAUGGCAUACAGCAGUGAUGGAACAAGGUUGUUUUCCUGUGGUACAAACAAAGAAGGAGAGUCAUUCUUAGUCGAGUGGGAUGAAAGUGAAGGCUCAAUACAAAGAACAUACGACGGCCUUGGACAACGUGCUGCAGGGAUUGUACAAUUUGACACAACCAAAAAUAGAUUCUUAGCUGCUGGCGAUGAGUCGACCGUAAAAAUUUGGGACAUGAACAACACAAAUAUUUUGACAAAUAUUCAUGCAGAUGGUGGCUUACCGGCUUCUCCUUGUGUAAGAUUUAACAGGGAAGGAAUACUUUUAGCUGUCUCAACCAGUGACAAUGGUGUUAAAAUUCUCGCUACUGAUGAUGGAUUUAGGUUGCUGAGAACAGCAGAAAAUCGCUCGCUUGCCUUUAAGGUUCCCGGAGGUGGUGGUUUUGGUUCUUCAAGUGCAAAUGCAGGAAUAACUAUGGCAGAUCAAUCUACAUCUUUUUCAGCUACGAAGAAAAACGAAGUGCGAACUCUGGCUGAUGGAAAGCCCAGAACCUCUAAUUUUUCAACUGAAUUAUCUACAUCCUGGAAAGUUACAGAGAUUACAGAGCCAUCUCAGUGCUACUCCUUGAGGCUCCCUGACAAUGUGACAGUCAAGAAGGUUUCCAGAUUAAUAUACACAAAUUCUGGAUCUGGAGUAUUAGCCUUGGCAUCUAAUGCAGAGCACAAGUUGUGGAAAUGGCAGAAUAGCGAUCCUAAUUUAGAUGGAAAAGCAACGGCUAAUGCAGCACAUCCAGUAUUAUGGAAACCUAAAAGUGGGAUUAUGAUGAUUAAUGAGAAAAGUGAUAAAAACCCGGAACAGGCUAUUCCCUGUCUUGCUCUCUCAAACAAUGACGCCUACCUUGUGUCAGCUUCCGGGGGGAAAAUCUCUUUGUUCAACAUGGCGACCUUCAAGUGUAUGGCGACGUGCAUGCCUCCACCGCCUGCAGCAACAUUUCUUGCGUUUCAUCCUUCAGAAAAUAACAUCAUUGGCAUUGGCUUCGAGGAUUCAUCUAUCCAAAUCUACAAUCUUAGGACUAGUGAGGUGGGAGCCAUAUUGAAAGGUCAUCGGAACAGAAUAACAGGGCUUGCUUUCUCACUGGCUCUGAACAUUCUAGUUUCUUCGGGUGCUGAUUCACAGCUGUGCGUUUGGGGCAUGGCUGGAUGGCAGAAGCGAAGUAGUAUGUAUUUGAAAGCUUCAAAAGGAAGAUCAAUGCCGGCUGCCUCAGAUACUCGCGUGCAGUUCCAUCAAAAUGAGAUUCAUCUGUUGGUGGUCAAUGAAACGCAAAUAGCCAUUUACGAUGCUCAAAAACUUGAUUGCUUGAAACUGUGGUUUCGAUGGGAAGCCACUAGUCCAAUUACAUCAGGUACAUAUUCAGGUGAUAGCCAGUCAAUCUUCGUGAGCUCUGAAGACGGUACUGUCUAUGUCUUCACUGCGUCAAAUCUCAGACUGAGAUGUCGGAUUAAUCCAACAGCUUACUUGCCUUCGGACCCAAGCUCAAGAGUAUAUCCGCUAGUGAUUGCAGCUCAUCCAUCGGAGAGUAACCAGUUCGGAGUAGGGCUCAGUAAUGGUCAUGUCUAUGCGGUUGAACCAUCGGAAUCAGAAGGAACGUGGGGAACCUCGCCUCCAGGCUCCACUGACAACUUUAAAAGUUUUGCAUAGUCUUUUGCUUUGUAUAGAUAGGCGUUUUGUCUUUUUGAUUUUAACUCAAAAGAUCUCAGACCUUAGAGGUAUAAUUGAAUAUAAUACAA